AUGGCGACACGGAGCAGCAGGAGGGAGUCGCGACUCCCCUUCCUAUUCACCCUGGUCGCGCUGCUGCCGCCCGGGGCUCUCUGCGAGGUGUGGACGCGGACACUGCACGGCGGCCGCGCGCCCUUACCCCAGGAGCGGGGCUUCCGCGUGGUGCAGGGCGACCCGCGCGAGCUGCGGCUGUGGGAGCGCAGGGAUGCCAGGGGGCCGAGCCGGGCGGACGAGAAGCCGCUCCGGAGGAGACGGAGCGCUGCCCUGCAGCCCGAGCCCAUCAAGGUGUACGGACAGGUCAGUCUCAAUGAUUCCCACAAUCAGAUGGUGGUGCACUGGGCCGGAGAGAAAAGCAACGUGAUCGUGGCCUUGGCCCGGGACAGCCUGGCAUUGGCCAGGCCCAGGAGCAGUGAUGUGUACGUGUCUUAUGACUAUGGAAAAUCAUUCAAUAAGAUUUCAGAGAAAUUGAACUUCGGCGCGGGAAAUAACACAGAGGCUGUGGUGGCCCAGUUCUACCACAGUCCUGCGGACAACAAGAGGUACAUCUUCGCAGAUGCCUACGCCCAGUAUCUCUGGAUCACGUUUGACUUCUGCAACACCAUCCAUGGCUUUUCCAUCCCAUUCCGGGCAGCUGAUCUCCUACUCCACAGUAAGGCCUCCAACCUUCUCCUGGGCUUCGACAGGUCUCACCCCAACAAGCAGCUGUGGAAGUCAGAUGAUUUUGGCCAGACCUGGAUCAUGAUUCAAGAGCACGUGAAGUCCUUUUAUUGGGGAAUUGAUCCCUACGACAAACCAAACACCAUCUACAUCGAACGGCACGAACCUUCCGGCUACUCCACGGUUUUCCGAAGUACAGACUUCUUCCAGUCCCGGGAAAACCAGGAAGUGAUCCUGGAGGAAGUGAGAGACUUUCAGCUUCGGGACAAGUACAUGUUUGCUACAAAGGUGGUGCAUCUCUUGGGCAGUCCACUGCAGUCCUCUGUCCAGCUCUGGGUCUCCUUUGGCCGGAAGCCCAUGCGGGCCGCCCAGUUUGUUACAAGACAUCCUAUUAACGAAUAUUACAUCGCGGAUGCCUCGGAGGACCAGGUGUUUGUGUGUGUCAGUCACAGCAACAACCGCACCAACCUGUACAUCUCGGAGGCAGAGGGCUUGAAGUUCUCCCUGUCCUUGGAGAACGUGCUCUAUUACAGUCCGGGAGGGGCCGGCAGUGACACCUUGGUGAGGUACUUUGCAAAUGAACCAUUUGCUGACUUCCAUCGUGUGGAAGGGUUGCAAGGAGUCUACAUUGCUACUCUGAUUAAUGGUUCUAUGAAUGAGGAGAACAUGAGAUCUGUCAUCACCUUUGACAAAGGGGGCACCUGGGAAUUUCUGCAGGCUCCAGCCUUCACGGGGUAUGGAGAGAAAAUCAACUGUGAGCUGUCCGAGGGCUGUUCCCUCCACCUGGCCCAGCGCCUUAGCCAGUUGCUCAACCUCCAGCUCCGGAGGAUGCCCAUCCUGUCCAAGGAGUCGGCGCCCGGCCUCAUCAUUGCCACGGGCUCGGUGGGAAAGAACUUGGCUAGCAAGACAAACGUGUACAUCUCUAGCAGUGCUGGAGCCAGGUGGCGAGAGGCACUUCCUGGACCUCACUACUACACAUGGGGAGACCAUGGCGGCGUCAUCAUGGCCAUUGCCCAAGGCAUGGAAACCAACGAACUGAAGUACAGUACCAACGAAGGGGAGACCUGGAAAGCCUUCACCUUCUCCGAGAAGCCCGUGUUUGUGUACGGGCUCCUCACGGAACCCGGAGAGAAGAGCACGGUCUUCACCAUCUUCGGCUCCAACCAGGAGAACGCUCACAGCUGGCUCAUCCUCCAGGUCAAUGCCACAGACGCUCUGGGGGUUCCUUGCACAGAGAAUGACUACAAGCUCUGGUCACCAUCUGAUGAGCGAGGGAAUGAGUGUUUGCUUGGACACAAGACUGUCUUCAAACGGAGGACCCCGCACGCCACAUGCUUUAACGGAGAAGACUUUGACAGGCCAGUGGUUGUGUCCAACUGCUCCUGCACCCGGGAGGACUAUGAGUGUGACUUCGGCUUCAGGAUGAGUGAAGACUUGUCAUUAGAGGUGUGUGUUCCAGAUCCAGGAUUUUCUGGAAAAUCCUCCCCUCCAGUGCCUUGUCCCGUGGGCUCUACGUACAGGCGAUCAAGAGGCUACCGGAAGAUUUCUGGGGACACCUGUAGUGGAGGAGAUGUUGAGGCACGGCUGGAAGGAGAGCUGGUCCCCUGUCCCCUGGCAGAAGAGAACGAGUUCAUCCUGUACGCCACCCGCAAGUCCAUCCACCGCUAUGACCUGGCUUCCGGAACCACGGAGCAGUUGCCCCUCACUGGGUUGCGGGCAGCAGUGGCCCUGGACUUUGACUACGAGCACAACUGCCUAUAUUGGUCUGACCUGGCCUUGGACGUCAUCCAGCGCCUCUGUUUGAACGGGAGUACAGGACAAGAGGUGAUCAUCAACUCUGACCUGGAGACGGUAGAAGCUUUGGCUUUUGAACCCCUCAGCCAAUUACUUUACUGGGUGGACGCAGGCUUUAAAAAGAUCGAGGUGGCCAAUCCAGAUGGUGACUUCCGACUCACCAUUGUCAAUUCCUCGGUGCUGGAUCGGCCCCGGGCCCUGGUCCUUGUGCCCCAAGAAGGGAUCAUGUUUUGGACCGACUGGGGAGACCUGAAGCCUGGGAUCUAUCGGAGCAACAUGGACGGAUCUGCUGCCCAUCGUCUCGUGUCAGAGGAUGUGAAGUGGCCCAAUGGCAUUUCCGUGGACGAUCAGUGGAUCUACUGGACGGAUGCCUACCUGGACUGCAUUGAGCGCAUCACGUUCAGCGGCCAGCAGCGCUCCGUCAUCCUGGACAAACUCCCGCACCCCUACGCCAUUGCUGUCUUUAAGAAUGAGAUUUACUGGGAUGACUGGUCACAGCUCAGCAUAUUCCGAGCUUCUAAGUACAGCGGGUCCCAGAUGGAGAUUCUGGCCAGCCAGCUCACGGGGCUGAUGGACAUGAAGAUCUUCUACAAGGGGAAGAACACGGGAAGCAAUGCAUGUGUGCCUAGGCCGUGCAACCUGCUGUGCCUGCCCAGAGCCAACAACAGCAAAAGCUGCAGGUGUCCAGAUGGCGUGGCCAGCAGUGUCCUCCCUUCCGGGGACCUGAUGUGUGACUGCCCUAAGGGCUAUGAGCUGAAGAACAACACGUGUGUCAAAGAAGAAGACACCUGUCUGCGCAACCAGUACCGCUGCAGCAACGGAAACUGCAUCAACAGCAUCUGGUGGUGCGAUUUCGACAACGACUGCGGAGACAUGAGCGACGAGAAGAACUGCCCUACCACCAUCUGCGACCUGGACACCCAGUUCCGUUGCCAGGAGUCUGGGACGUGCAUCCCGCUCUCCUACAAAUGUGACCUCGAGGAUGACUGUGGGGACAACAGUGAUGAAAGGCACUGUGAAAUGCACCAGUGCCGGAGCGACGAAUACAACUGCAGCUCGGGCAUGUGCAUCCGCUCCUCCUGGGUGUGCGACGGGGACAACGACUGCAGGGACUGGUCCGAUGAGGCCAACUGCACAGCCAUCUAUCACACCUGUGAGGCCUCCAACUUCCAGUGCCGCAACGGGCACUGCAUCCCCCAGCGGUGGGCGUGUGAUGGCGACGCCGACUGCCAGGAUGGCUCUGAUGAGGAUCCAGCCAACUGUGAGAAGAAGUGCAAUGGCUUCCGCUGUCCGAACGGCACCUGCAUCCCCUCCACCAAGCACUGUGACGGUCUGCACGAUUGCUCGGAUGGCUCCGACGAGCAGCACUGUGAGCCCCUGUGUACACGGUUCAUGGACUUCGUGUGUAAGAACCGCCAGCAGUGCCUCUUCCACUCCAUGGUGUGUGAUGGGAUCAUCCAGUGCCGUGAUGGCUCCGACGAGGACCCAGCCUUUGCAGGAUGCUCCCAAGACCCCGAGUUCCACAAGGUGUGCGAUGAGUUCGGCUUCCAGUGUCAGAACGGCGUGUGCAUCAGCUUGAUCUGGAAGUGUGACGGGAUGGAUGACUGCGGGGACUACUCCGACGAGGCCAACUGUGAAAACCCCACAGAAGCCCCCAACUGCUCCCGCUACUUCCAGUUCCGGUGUGACAAUGGCCACUGCAUCCCCAACAGGUGGAAGUGUGACAGGGAGAAUGACUGUGGGGACUGGUCCGACGAGAAGGACUGUGGAGAUUCACAUGUACUUCCGUCUACGACUCCUGCACCCUCCACGUGUUUGCCCAAUUACUACCGCUGCGGCGGGGGGGCCUGCGUGAUAGACACGUGGGUUUGUGAUGGGUACCGAGAUUGUGCAGAUGGAUCCGAUGAGGAAGCCUGCCCCUCACUCCCCAAUGUUACUGCCACCUCCUCCCCCUCCCAGCCUGGGCGAUGCGACCGAUUUGAGUUUGAGUGCCACCAGCCAAAGAAGUGCAUCCCUAACUGGAGACGCUGCGACGGCCAUCAGGACUGCCAGGAUGGCCAGGACGAGGCCAACUGCCCCACACACAGCACCUUGACCUGCAUGAGCUGGGAGUUCAAAUGUGAGGAUGGCGAGGCCUGCAUCGUGCUGUCAGAACGCUGCGACGGCUUCCUGGACUGCUCCGAUGAGAGCGACGAGAAGGCCUGCAGUGAUGAGUUAACUGUAUACAAAGUACAGAAUCUUCAGUGGACUGCUGACUUCUCUGGGAAUGUCACUUUGACCUGGAUGCGGCCCAAAAAAAUGCCCUCUGCUGCUUGUGUAUACAACGUGUACUAUAGAGUUGUUGGAGAGAGCAUAUGGAAGACUCUGGAGACUCACAGCAAUAAGACAAACACUGUAUUAAAAGUGUUGAAACCAGAUACCACCUACCAGGUUAAAGUGCAGGUUCAAUGCCUGAGCAAGGUGCACAACACCAAUGACUUUGUGACCUUGAGAACUCCAGAGGGAUUGCCAGACGCCCCUCAGAACCUCCAGCUGUCGCUCCAUGGGGAAGAGGAAGGGGUGAUUGUGGGCCACUGGAGUCCUCCCACCCACACCCACGGCCUCAUUCGCGAAUACAUUGUAGAGUAUAGCAGGAGUGGUUCCAAGAUGUGGACUUCCGAAAGGGCUGCUAGUAACUUUACAGAAAUAAAGAACUUGUUGGUCAACACCCUGUACACCGUCAGAGUGGCUGCGGUGACGAGUCGUGGGAUAGGAAACUGGAGCGAUUCCAAAUCCAUUACCACCGUGAAAGGAAAAGCAAUCCUGCCACCAAAUAUCCACAUUGACAGCUAUGAUGAAAAUUCUCUGAGUUUUACCCUGACCGUGGAUGGGAACAUCAAGGUGAAUGGCUAUGUGGUGAACCUUUUCUGGGCAUUUGACACCCACAAACAAGAGAAGAAAACCAUGAACUUCCAAGGGAGCAUAGUGUCCCACAAAGUUGGCAAUCUGACAGCACAGACGGCCUAUGAGAUUUCCGCCUGGGCCAAGACUGACUUGGGCGAUAGUCCUCUGUCAUUUGAGCAUGUCACGACCAGAGGGGUUCGCCCACCUGCUCCUAGCCUCAAGGCCAGGGCCAUCAAUCAGACUGCAGUGGAAUGUACCUGGACAGGCCCCAGGAAUGUGGUGUAUGGCAUUUUCUACGCCACGUCCUUCCUGGACCUCUACCGCAACCCAAGCAGCCUGACCACGCCGCUGCACAACGCAACCGUGCUCGUCGGUAAGGAUGAGCAGUAUCUGUUUCUGGUCCGGGUGGUGAUGCCCUACCAAGGGCCGUCCUCGGACUACGUGGUCGUGAAGAUGAUCCCGGACAGCAGGCUUCCUCCCCGGCACCUGCACGCUGUUCACACCGGCAAGACCUCAGCCGUCAUCAAGUGGGAGUCGCCCUACGACUCUCCCGACCAGGACCUGUUCUACGCCAUCGCAGUUAAAGAUCUGAUACGAAAGACGGACCGGAGCUACAAAGUCAAGUCGCGCAACAGCACCGUGGAGUACACCCUGAGCAAGCUGGAGCCCGGAGGGAAAUACCACGUCAUCGUGCAGCUGGGGAACAUGAGCAAAGAUGCCAGUGUGAAGAUCACCACCGUUUCGUUAUCAGCACCCGAUGCCUUAAAAAUCAUAACAGAAAAUGACCACGUCCUUCUCUUCUGGAAAAGUCUGGCUCUAAAGGAAAAGUAUUUUAACGAAAGCAGGGGCUACGAGAUACACAUGUUUGAUAGCGCCAUGAAUAUCACUGCAUACCUUGGGAAUACUACUGACAACUUCUUUAAAAUUUCCAACCUGAAGAUGGGUCAUAAUUACACGUUCACGGUCCAGGCACGAUGCCUUUUGGGCAGCCAGAUCUGCGGGGAGCCUGCCGUGCUACUGUACGAUGAGCUGGGGUCUGGUGGCGAUGCGUCGGCGAUGCAGGCUGCCAGGUCUACUGAUGUCGCCGCCGUGGUGGUGCCCAUCCUGUUUCUGAUAUUGCUGAGCCUGGGGGUCGGGUUUGCCAUCCUGUACACGAAGCACCGGAGGCUGCAGAGCAGCUUCACCGCCUUCGCCAACAGCCACUACAGCUCCAGACUCGGCUCCGCCAUCUUCUCCUCUGGGGAUGACUUAGGGGAGGAUGAUGAAGAUGCUCCUAUGAUCACUGGAUUUUCGGACGACGUCCCCAUGGUGAUAGCCUGAAAGAGCUUUCCUCACUAGAAACCAAAUGGUGUAAAUAUUUUAUUUGAUAAAGAUAGUUGAUGGUUUAUUUUAAAAGAUGCACUUUGAGUUGCAAUAUGUUAUUUUUAUAUGGGCCAAAAACAAAAGCAAAAAAAAAAAAAAAAAAACACAGGAAAGAAAGGAAUGAAUAAAAGUCGUAAUAAUCAACUGUGAACGUCAAGCCAGGCUGAUUUUAGUCACCAAAUUGCUUUGAUUUGACAUUAAUGUAGUCUUACAGGGCUGUGCUUGCUGGGCAUGCUUUUAAGUCUGUGAGAUAGUUUUGAUUUGAUAAAUUGGCCGUCCUUUUAUUUUUCUAAGACACAGAAAUGUAUUUAAUAAAAACUACAAGAGAGGGAAGGGUGGGAGCCCUUCCCCUUGGAAGUAUGCUCAACAUGGACAUUUUGUUUGGGUUUAGUUUCUGUGAAGGUGUUGGGCGUACGAAGGGGGAAAGUCCGUUUAUGUCAUUUUGUUAAUUUAUUGGGACCCUGGACACGGCCAGGCUUUAGUGGUCAUCUGGCACUGGGUGUGGGAGCCCCUCACUCCGAAGCCGCGGCUGGGGAACAGAGCGGGCGUUGCUGGCAUUCCGGAAGUGGUCCGCUCUCAUUCGUUUGCUGUCACGUGAUGGUUUGGGCAGGCGCGCGCCCUGGGCCACUGCUGAGUCUCAGAGCUGUGGCGCGGGAAGCCCUGCGAGCCAACAGUCUUCUCUUACUCAUGGACGUUCACUGUGUCUGCCUCUGUACAAGAUGUGGCUUUGAAAGCUGCAACAUGAUAACACUGCUCUGUAGUGUGCUGGUGUCAUUGGCAUUGCCAAGACGUAUUCUGGUUGUGAGAGGGAGCUCUAGAUCUGUGCCAUGAUUUAGAUACACUGGCAAAUGUAGCGCGUAGUUUUUCCAUUUUCAACUUUUUUUUUUUUUCUUUUACUUGCCAACGAAGAAUCCCAAAUACAAAAUUUUAUAUUUGAGUUGAGGUGGCCACUUAAUUGUCCUUACAAAUCCAUACUAACAUCCACGGUCAUUUUGAAUUGGGUCAGUGCCUUCUCUCCUCUGUCUCUCCCCACUUCCACCCCCUUGCCUGUGACCCUCCCUAUGUGAAGAGAAAGUGCUGUCUGACACUCCCAGAGACCUCGCCAUCUGCCUGCCCAGGCCGGUGAACAAUGGCAGCAACCCUGAAUGUGUUCAGUUAUUUCGCUCUGUAAAACAAGCUGUGUGUGUGUGUGUGUGUGUGGGGUUCCCCCCCCCCUUCUGCUAUUAACAUGCCACCCCUGUAUCAAAUCAUGGCCACUUGAGAGUUACGUAGAAGCCACUGGACUGAUGCCCACCUGCAGGUUUGGUGUUGCAGGCACCAGUGUCUAGCAUUGCUGUGACGUGUACUGUAGGAGCAUCACUGUGGAAUUCCCCCAGCUGAGCAGCAGUGCGCCCAGGGCAUCUUCCAGAGGCACUCCUGAGAGCGUGCGCCCUUGGUAUGCAAGCUCUGUAAACCCCAUCCCCGUUGAGAUACAACGCAUCCCUUCUCACAAGCGUUGGGUCUCUCCUAACCAGAAGUAUCAUGCUUGGGUAAUAAUAGAGUUUCAUUCUGCUUAGUGAUUGUUUGGGAAACCAAGAAAGAGCCAAUUAAAUUUCUGUUUAGCUUUUGAAACUUUUAUUUAUGUAUAUGUAUUAGAUGAGGAGUAUUUUAAACUGUAGCUAUUUAGGAUGCUGUGUGGAUAGGGCUCUAGUUCAUUUUAACAAAUGACGGUCACGAUGAGCCUUCUUCCAGCAUAUUUUUCUCUUCUUCCCUAGCACGCUCUUCUUAAUUUUCUUGAAGACUGGAAUCUCUUUGGCUUUAUCUUGUCUUGCCUUGGAGUUUUGUUCCAAACACCAAGCCCCACCACCUCCGCUUUAAUAAGCUCUGAAGCAGCUGAAAGAUUUGCAGUCUGGUGGGAGGCAAAUCGAACCAUGAAAAAAAAAAGUGUAUUUUCUUCUUUUCUGUUUCUGCCAGCUUUCGGGUGGCAUUUGUGAACGCUGAUAUAAAAGGCACCGAGACGUUAUUUUCAAUUGUUCCAUAGGCAAGCCUUUUCCAGAGCACUUGUCUCCAGUUGGCAACUGAAGCUAUUUGAGCCUCCUUCCUGGUUACAGUGCCUCCCACUUUCUGCACAGUACUGUACAGACCGGCCACCACCCCUCUCCCUGGGAAAUGUCACUGUGCUGUUUGAAAACAAGCAGCCUUUUAGGGCUAGAGUAUUUUAUAUAAACAGAAGAGCUAAGUUCCGAAGACUAAGCUAGAUAGAUGCAGCUAUGUGUAAAUUGUAUAUUUUUAUGAACUCUUGAAGCACACACUUCUCCUUCCCUCUGCGUAGCUUUGUGGGGUUUUGAUGUGUAUUUGCCAUCUGCCAGAGUCCAGAAGUUGUGGUGAGAGUCGAAAGUGAAAAGAAAUUCUGUGUGCAGCCUCGGAAGGUGACCAGAUGACUGUCUUCCCUGUGACCCUUUGGAGCCCCUGGUUGCUCAUGAACAAGCGGUUUUUGCACCGUGUUGACAGUGUCACCUCAGCAGUUCGCACCGUACAGGGAGAAGUCUUCUCUGUCUCCCAAAGACCGUCCUUCACGUGGCCAGCCUGGGGCGGCUGUGAAUUCUCUGUAGAUAAAGCUGCUAACGGCUGCUUUCAGUACGGAAUGCCCCUUGGGCUUUCUGAGUCACAAGUGCAGGUGGAUAGAAUGACAGUUCUACAGAGAACCCCAGGGAGAGGCCGUGUCUGUGCAGACCUGGACAGAAGAGGGGCUGCACCAGUUGCUGGCUGCCCUGGCCAGCCGGGUGGAUUCACUGUGCUGCUGGGUGACGGAAACGUCAGCCUUUUGAAAAGUCAUCCCUGGGGUUCCAUCGCUGCUCAUGUCCCGGGGGUAUUUGGGCAGGCUGAAUGGGGACACAGCUGCACGUUCUCUCCUGCUCAUCCUGGGUGGUCCACAGGAUGAACUCUGGGGACACAGUGCUGCUCAGAGCGGUGGCCACCGGGGGUGGUAUGUUGAACCCGUUCUGGGUGAGCAUCCACUUCCCAAUGCCCACCCUGCACUCACCUCACUGAGCAAGAUUCCGCUUCCAGGACUUCCUUAAGGCAGGUUUGCUUGAGCUCUUUCCCACCACGGGGCUCAUGGUGAAUUCCUGAGACCCCGCUUCCUUUAGCAGAGAAUUGGGGGGCGGGGAGGGAGGUGACCCUCAAAGAAGACCCAGAGAUAGAGCCAGACUGAAUAGGAAACCCCAGGCUGAUUUUAGGAGUCGACUCUCAAACUCUGCAGAAUUUGUCGUUGGGAUUUGUGUUGGAGUUCUAUCUUGACAUUCCUGUUAAUGUUAGGUUUCCUACUUGGAGUGUGUGCUGCUUUUCAGGUACAAUUUUUUGUGUAAUAAAAGCCAGUGCAUUAAGUUUAUAUAGACUACUUUCUAUGCAAGCCUGAGAUAUGGAACAGAUAGCAAGAGGUAUGUAAUGUUGCGUGCACAGACGUUUUCAGAAAGAGUGCCGCUGCUGAACAUGGGCCGAGGGAGGGUGGGUUGUGGGAAGGUUCUGCCCACUGAUUCUGAGCAGCCAUAUUAUGGAGUACAUCAACAGAGCCAAGUAAUAACCCAAGAAUGCUGUUAGUUUCACGUGUAGUCGUGCAAAUGAAAUAAGCACGAAAGCCGAAGUGGAACAUCAUCCUCACAUCUUCCAUGUCGCUUGUCAUGUAAAGACUCUUGCUAGGAAUUAUUAGAAACUUCUAGGCAAAACUCAAAAGUAUCUGCAGCAAAAUAAAGGCCGAAUCUGCUCUUAUUUAAAGUGAAACACUGAAUACGCAUUUCUCUCCAAAGUGAAAUUAGGUAUUUAUAAUUUCAAUUGCCUUGAUAAGUUUCGGAGUCACUGAUUUCUGCUGAAGAUUUUACUACAUUGUUGCACAAUUUCAAGAUAAUUUUUGUCUCAAUGUCAACUUUUUUCACUGAAUAAAAAUCUAACUGGGUCAGGAAAACACCUCUUCCAAAACCCACUCUCUGCGUGUCUCACGUUGUUCUUCUGAGUGCAAUAAAGAUGGCUGAUGCA